GGUCAGUAGAGCCUAACACUGAGGUAAUCAACGGUUGCAGACUAAAAACAGACCUGGCUGUUUGGAAUGUGUGCAGUUGUCAUGUGCAAGAACGAUCUUACAGGAAGAAUUAGCAGAAGUGUCUAGAAAGUUCUGACAUGACAGUAUAAAAAAGUCAGUGUGUCAGUGAGCAGCCGGAGGGUUAGGAGCUGCCAGUAAAGCAGCAGCAGCAGGGCAGGACCAGAGGGAGUCCUGCCCUGCCACUGGAAUGCAGACACACAGACUGGGACACAGAGGGAGAAAAGGCAGAGACCUGAGGAGAAGACAGCAAAGUCAGCAGACAGAAUGCUCCCUGGGUUAUGCAAGACCCAACUUAUGCAAAUUCGACCUUAAGCAAAAAGAUCCAUAAGGCAUAAAUAAAAUUUGCGAGUUGUGGAAAAUAUUGCAUAGCGUACGGAAAUACAAAGUACUGUAGUGCGGAGGAAUACAGCGGCAGCAUCUCCUACAAGGAAAGGCUUUGCGCUCUCACAGCCUCUCAGUCUCGUGUCUUUUCAGUGAUACUGUAUUUCUGUUAUUGCACCCUAUUAUUUCAUUCAAAUCAUGUCUGGAAAGCGACCAAGUGAUAGCAAGACCGCAGGACCAGUUCGUAAGCGAAAGAAGAUUGCUUUAGAGCAGAAAAUGAAAAUAGUGAAAAAGUAUGAAGGCGGACAAAGCCUGUCGUCAAUUGCUCGUGAACUCGAUCUGGCUACCUCAACAGUGAAAAGUAUUUUGAAUGAUAGUGCACGCAUAAAAGAGCAUGUGAAAGGCUCUGCUCCUUUAAAAUCAACAGUCAUAACGAAGCAGCGUUCUGGUGCUAUCUAUGAAAUGGAAAGGUUAUUAACAAUGUGGAUGGAAGAUCAGAUUAAAAAAUGUGUGCCACUUAGCCUAAUGAUUAUUCAAGCAAAGGCUAAAAGUAUUUUCGAAGAUGUAAAGGGAAAAUACAGUGAUCCUAACGCAAAGUUUAUGGCUAGUCCUCGGUGGUUUAAUAGAUUUAAACAACGUGCAAAUUUUCACAAUGUAAAAGUGAGUGAUGAGGCUGCUAGUGCUGAUACAAAAGCAGCUGAAAAGUAUCCCAAAGUGUUACGAAAACUUAUAGAAGAAUGUGGUUAUACAGCACAGCAAAUCUUUAAUGUCGACGAAACUGGAUUGUUUUGGAAAAAAAUGCCAGAGAGAACACACAUUUCAAAAGAGGAAAAGACAAUGCCAGGGUUUAAGGCUGCGAAAGAUAGGCUAACACUUUUGCUUGGGGGUAAUGCAGCUGGAGAUUGCAAAUUGAAACCGUUGCUUGUUUAUCAUUCAGAAAAUCCCCAUGCGUUUAAAGGCAUUAGCAAAGCUACCCUUCCAGUUCAUUUCCGUUCAAAUCGAAAGGCUUGGAUCACAAUGGCACUUUUCGAAGAUUGGUUUAUAAAUUUGUUUAUCCCUGAAGUAGAAAAAUUCUGCAGAGAAAACGACAUCCCAUUCAAGAUUAUGCUUAUCGUCGAUAAUGCUCCUGGACAUCCUGCACAUUUAGACGACUUUCACCCUAAUGUAAAAGUCGUGUUUCUACCUCCUAACACAACUUCGAUCCUACAGCCCAUGGAUCAGGGUGCCAUUGCUAAUUUUAAAGCCUAUUAUCUACGAAGAAUAUUUGCAGAGGCAGUAAAAGCAACUGACAGAGAGUCUGGCAAGACUUUACGUGAUUUUUGGAAAUCAUAUAACAUUUACCAAGCCAUCAUAAACAUUGCUAAGGCCUGGGCAGAGGUUACCCAAGUUUGUUUGAAUGCCGUAUGGAAGAAAGCAUGCCCACAGUUUGUACACAGCUUUAAAGCUUUUGAAAAAGACGAAACAUAUGAGGAGGUGGCAGAUGAAAUUGUGAAGCUUGCCAAGCAGCUUGAGCUGGAAAUUGAUGUUGGUGAUGUGGAUGAGCUUAUCGAAUCCCAUGGAGCUGAAUUAUCAAAUGAGGAUCUUAUAGAAUUAGAAGCAGCAAAAGUAAAAGAACAGACUGAAGCUGAGGAUGAAGUUGAAGUAGAAGAGCCACGACACUUCAACACCAAGGAGAUAGCACUUGCAUUUCGUGAGAUUGACUCUGCACUGGCAAGGUUUGAGAAGAUGGACCCCAAUUCCUCACGAUUCUUGAAAGUGAACAGAGGCAUUGACGAAACGCUGGCCUGUUACAGACUGAUAUAUGAAGAGAAGAAAAAGGCCACCAUCGAGUCAUCUCUUGAUAAGUUUGUAAGGAAAAUUGAAAGGCCUGCAAAGUCCACAUCUCCACAGCCUUCCACCUCCAAAGCCCCCUCUGACGACCCUGAUGAUAUAAUGUCUGUCUCCUCCUCUCCUUCCUCAUCUACAGAUUAAGCCCACUGUCAUCCACCACCAAAAUGCAGCCUUCAGCGUGCCAGGAUAACAAUAGGAUUAAGGUUGAACAAUAAAAAUCCAGGAAGUCAGUUUUGAAGGGGUGUGGGCUGGCCAAUUUUCCUUUUAGCUUCUAGAGUGCAGCUAUAUUGAAAUAACACUCUUACACAAUGUUUGUAUCCCGAUCACUUGUUUCCAGUAGAAUAAUUAUUGUUUAAAAAUCACGAAAACAUUUCUAUUGUUUUAGGACUUCUGAGGACUCUGUUUUGGCAAAAUUGAGAGCCAGGUUGGUUGUACUGUAUUCUAAAACGUGGAGAGUGGGCAUUUGAAAACAGCAUCUAUCUACUCUGGGUUGACAUUUACAAAGAAAAUUCCAAUAAUAUGAUGCACAGCUGGAGAAAACAUUCUACAUUGCCUCUGCAAGCUCUACGUUCUGAGGCAAUGAGCCUAAAUACACUGGGGCCAGAGCACAAGAGGACUAUUGUAUUCCUACUUCCACAGAUCCAGUGGCUCAAAAGGCUUAUGUGGGGGAAGCGAAGGAGCAGUGGUUGCUCUUCCAGCUACAAGUUUUUAAUGGGGGAGCUACACUCAACUGUAUUGCCCUGGCUGAGAGAAAAUUCCCUUCUUCUCAAGCUCGCUCCUCGCCCAACUUGCUCUAGUAACACAAUGAAAGGGCUUCAAAUUAAGGAUCGUUCUACCCAAGUAUAACCAUGCCAGGAGACCCAGUUAGAACAGAGGGUCAAUACCUUGGACGAGAACAUUAAGAGUCCCUGCAUCAUUCUAAAGCCUUGAAGGGGACACUGCUAAGGUCCCAUCUGCACUACAAAUGAAACGGUGUUACAUUUGUCAGGCAAACUUGGUUGCAUUUGCAGUACUAAAACUCCCUUAAUGUAAAAUUUAACAUUGCAGUGAUGCAGAUUUUGAGAGUAGUUGGUACAAGAUAAGGGCCAGAACUUUAUUUCUAUCAUAAUUUCUCCACUCAUGAAGACUUCUAACUUUGCCCUUAGUUACAAGCAAUGAAAAACAUCCAAAUGUGUGUCUGGUAAAGAAACAUUUGCUGCUUAUGGUAACGACAGCUCUGUAUAGAUCAGUGCAUGUUGUUGCAAUAUCCAUUAUAGUUCCCUUUGGAUCAACAGCAUGCUAAAUAUAAAAAUCAGAAUUACACCUCUACCCUGAUAUAACGCUGUCCUCA